AUGCUCAUCCAUUGUCGUGAGAGAGUUGCAGGGCUAAGUUACAGUAUGAUGGCAGCUACACUGAAGAAACAGCGCAGAGUUGAGUAUCAACUGUCACUUUUGUGAGAGACCAUGACCCAUUGGUCCAGUCGUCAGAUCUGCUAAGUAGGCAGAUACCGUUAGCUCAGCUGAAGCUAGCCCAGCUCUGUUAUUGUCUCUCGUUUAACCCAACGGCUAUUUACGCACAAGUGCCUGGAGAAAUGCAGAGAAUAAGGACUUUGAAAACUGGUUGGCAGCGGCUAAAAUCAUGCUGCGAGGGAGCCGCAAAACUUGUAAACACCUCACCUUCGGCCUCACGAAAUUACAGCAGUCUCCCUCCUCAGAACCCAAACUCAUUCGGGCUCCUCUUUGACAUCGAUGGGGUACUGGUGCGGGGCAGGACACCGAUCCCUGCGGCCAAGCAGUGCUUCAGGAACCUGGUGGACCACAAUGGGAAAUACAAGGUGCCUGUGGUGUUUGUCACCAAUGCCGGGAACUGCAUGAGGCAGACGAAAGCCGAACAUCUGUCACAUCUUCUGGAGGUGGAGGUGUCUCCCGACCAGGUGAUGCUGUCCCACAGUCCUUUGCGAAUGUUUACCUCGUUCCACAAAAUGCGUGUGCUGGUGUCGGGACAGGGUCCUGUGGUGGAGGUCGCUCACAACCUGGGCUUUCAGGAUGUUGUUACUAUAGAUAUGCUCAGAGAGGCAUAUCCUCUGCUAGAUGUCGUUGAUCACAACAGAAGACCCAAAGAUGGAGUAAGUAGCAUUAAUGUUGAACCUAGUUUAUGUUCAGUUACAGUUGAGUCACACAUCUUACAAAAUGUGUAUGAUGUCUUACAGAUUCCACCCACCAAAGGCUUACGGCCAAUACAUGCUGUCAUCUUAUUUGGUGAGCCAAUCCGAUGGGAGACCAACCUCCAGCUUAUCGUUGACGUGCUCCUAACAAAUGGGAACCCAGACAACGCCUGGAGUUCGAUGCAGUACCCUCACAUCCCGAUCCUGGCCUGUAACAUGGACCUGCUGUGGAUGGCCGAGGCAAAGAAUCCCAGGUUUGGUCACGGGAUGUUCCUGGUGUGCUUGGAGAGCCUGUACAAGAAGGUCACGGGCUAUGAGCUGAAGUACGAGGCUCUGAUCGGUAAACCCAGUGUGGUGACUUAUAACUACGCUGAGCUGCUGAUUAGGCAGCAGGCAGAGAGCCUUGGCUGGACCACACCUGUGAAGAGGCUAUAUGCUAUAGGUGAUAACCCCAUGGCUGACAUAUACGGUGCCAACCUCUACAACCGCUACCUCCAGGCUUCUCUGCGUACCAAGGCCCAGAUGCAGGCUAAGAGUGGCGCAGGAGGUGCAGAUCCCUUGGCAGAAGCUGUCGAUGAAGCCCCUAAAAUGACAUCAGCUGAACUAGGCGGAGCGUCAAGUAUGUAUGGGACAGAGGAGGACCUCCCCGAGGGGUGCGUCUCCAUGCUGGUGUGCACAGGGGUGUACAGCAGAGACGAGCAGGAGCUGCCCUCAGACCCGACGCACACUGUCACUGAGCAGCGAAUCUUCCACGGUCACAGGGACUUCCGCUUUGACCCCAGCCUCACCCAGCCGUCCUUCGUGGUGCAGGAUGUAAAGGAGGCGGUGGAGCUGGUGUUUCAGCAGGAAGGCUGGCCUCUGGAGUAGGAUGCGCAGCUCGAGUCUGUCAAACUCAGGCUUCAUCUCAAAGCCGUCCAAUAAACAGAUCUUAAUGGAACUUAACAGCUAGUAGCAGAAACUUUAUGCGUGUAUUUUGUUUUCUAAUCUAAGCCCCCGAUUGUCACUGGGGAGAUGAAGCUGUUACUAUGGCUAGUUCUUAGAGAGAAGUGUAAUAGAAUCAGCCAAUAUGCAGGUUUACACUUAAUAUAGUAAAGGGACGCACAUUUUAAGUCGGUCAUGCUUUGUAGUGUGUCACACACUGUAGUGUGUGACACACUGCUGCAGUACUUUUUUUUGCAUUUUUCCUGAACACACACACCCAUGUUUCUGAUGGCCCUACUUACUAUAUAUAUAUAUAUAUAUAUAUAUAUAUAUAUAAUUAGUCAAGGAUUCUAGGUCAUCAAGUCGUAUGUGCGUCCUUUAUGCCUUUGCUUUCUCUUCACAUUGUUAAAGGGUAUUUCUGGUAAUUUUAAAAAUGGACCCUACAUAUUUUAGGGUCUAAAUGACUACAAAAAAUUAUAGGUACCAUUAGUUCACCUCAGCUGGCAGCUGCAAAACAGGCUGCAAUGGCUGCAAUGAAAUCCUUGCAGGCAAUUGCACCCCUCAAAAGUACAUCUACUCCAAGUGCUUGUUUUAGCCACUGACAGACACAGAAGUCUCGCUCACUCUGAAAUCUUGCGAGAGGCAAGUGGUUGCACAAAGCAGGCAGUGGAAAACUAAGUCAUCUUAAAGCACUUGUAAUGGGCUAUAUUUGACGGAUUACGCUGUAGCCACUGUAGCUCGUUUUGCGGCAGCUGAGGCGAUCUGCUGGACCAAUUACAAAACUGUAUGUAGUCAUUUAGAACCCCUAAAAUAUGUGGUUAAAAAUAAUAGGGCACAGGUUUAAAAAUACAAGAAUCACCCUUUAGUUUAAGUGUUGACUUGCGUGUAUUUUUAUUACACUAUCAUGGAUGAGAGUUCAAACAAUGUUUCACCUUAAUCAAGAUAAGAUGGAUUUUCUUUGUACAACACUCUCCCUAACUGGGUCAUCUUGCCUUUCCUAAAUAUACACCCACCCAACUAGAUUUGCUUGUUUUUACUGCUGUCAGCUUGUUUGUUUUUUUAAGAUAGGGUGAAUGUGUAAACCACUAAUGCUGUCGAGAUUAAGCUGCCAGGUUUGGCUUUUAGCCUGAAUCAAUAGUACGGUAAUUUUAUUUUAGUGAUAUUUUAUGAAAGUGUCUGAAUCAGACGAAGUACCUAGAAAUGAAAAGGGUGCUAUUUUUCUGUCAAGUAGUUCUGAAAAUCUUACGAAUGGUUAAUGUCUGUAUUAGAAGACUUUUGUGGGAGAACAAAUUUAAUUACAGUGGCAGCUCCUGUGUCAUAAAGUGCUUGUUUGUCAUAUUUGUAACUGACAGGUAUGACACUGAAUGAUUUGCAGGAGAUUUCAAUUGCAGGUUUAAACUGUGAACUCUGGUAAUGUACUGUAAAAGCAGUACUGAAUAAAAGACCAAUUAAAAAGGA